AUGUCGACCGAUCCUAAGAUCCAGGACCUGCUCAACAAGCCCAAGAGCGAGCUCACUGAAUAUGAGGUCUCUCUCGUCGAGGAACACGAGCUCACCGCGGGCCCCCUCUCGCUCCUCCAGACCGCCACGCGCACACACACCCAGGUGCUGAUCUCGUGCCGGAACAAUCGCAAGCUGCUGGCGCGCGUCAAGGCCUUCGACCGCCACUGCAACAUGGUCCUCGAGAACGUCAAGGAGAUGUGGACGGAGAAGCCUAAGGGCGGCAAGGGCAAGGGUGUCAACAAGGACCGGUUCAUCAGCAAGAUGUUCCUGCGUGGUGACUCCGUCAUUCUCGUCCUGCUGAGCUGA